AUGGUGGUACGGCGCCAUGAGCCGCGUGCGCUCGGGAGCACGAUCCAGGACGCGGCGGUAAUCAAUGUGAUGGAGCCUAUGGGAAGCAUGAGUCUAAGUCCGUCGAACAACCAAGUUGCGCUCGGCGCCAAGAACGGGCUGUUUGUGCUGGACCUCGACAAUCCGUACGCUCUUCCGCGGUUCUUUGCGCAUCGCACGACAGGGGAAGUGGCCGAUAUUCAGUGGAAUCCUCACGAUGUACGAAAGGAAUGGGUCGCAAGCACAUCCAACCAAAAACUUAUCAUUUGGAACCUGAACCGCAGCGAGUCGACGAGUGCGGCUGUACGACCCGACAUGCUCGCGCCCAAAGGCCGGACGCGCACCCGCGAUGCGGGCGUCUCGCCACGAGCAGUCCGCAUCAACCAGUUUGCAUCCACGCCGACACACUCCAAGACACAGCCCGGCAGCGCCGUAGAGCACAUUCUCGAGCGGCACAGCCGCGCGAUUACCGAUAUCAACUGGUCGCCCUUGCACCCCGCUAUUGUCGCGAGUUGCAGCAUGGAUACCUGGGCAUGGGUAUGGGAUCUGCGCGCUUCGCAUCGCCGCGCGAAGCCUGCACAAGGGUACAGUGCGUGGAACGCCAGCAUGACGCAGAUCAAGUGGAACAGGGUGACGCCCCACCGCAUCGCAGCCUCGUGUGACAACAAAGUCUUGAUUUGGGACGACCGGUUUGGCGCGCUGCCUUUGGCUACGAUUGAGGCGCAUCGGAGCAAAAUAUACGGGCUGCAAUGGAGUCCAAACGUGACACACGGGCGGGAUCAGCUGCUUACCUGCUCCUUGGACGGCACUAUCAAGCAUUGGGACAUCGGCACAGACGUAUCGCGCACCGCAUCGUCGCAGCGCGAAAUGAUCAGUGUUCCCCAAUCGACGAUCCUUACACACGACCCCGUAUGGCGCGCCAAGUACCUGCCUUUUGGCGACGGUGUCAUGUCCGUUGCACAGCGCGGCGACACGGCGCCGAGCUUGUGGGCGCACCGCGCAAGUGCCGCGCCUGCAAAGCAUUUUGUAGGCCACACGGACAUUGUGCGCGAGUUUCUCUUCCGCACGCGCCGCGGCACAAGUACGGUCGAGGACGACCGCGAGUUUCAGCUGCUGACGUGGAGCAAAGACCAAACGCUGCGCAUGUGGCCGAUCGGCACAGAUGUGCUGGAGGCGGUGGGCCACUGCAAAGGCGCGCCUAUUCCGUUUGAAAAGCACGCCGUGCUGCGCAAAGAUGCCAAGAGCAGCGCGCUUGGCAUCACCAAGCCUGCGCUGCACCAAGACUCGGCUUCGAUAGUGAUCCAGUCGCCAGAGGACGCGCUUGGCUUUGACGCAGCCGGCGCACUGCUCCCACGCUCGCUCGGCGCUUCGUUGGUCACGUCGAGUGCCGAGGAAGUGGGGCCGCGGAUGCGGUACCAAGAGUACCACGCGCACACUGGCUUCCACGACCCUGUAAAUUGGAUGGCACGCGUGCGUAUCGAGCGCGGAAACGAAGGCGGAGACGAGGCGGCACCGCCCAGCACCGCACAGGUAGAUUGUGUCGUGCUUCCGGACGAGAUUAUGCGUGUGGGCGACCGAUUUCCCCAUGUUUUCGAGAUGAUCGACGUCGUACACCGCCGCUGUACCAUUGCCGUGCACGGGCCGUGGGCAGAGCAUGGGCAGUCCACGGCCUACGUACGCGUUGUACUCACAUUUCCGUCCGCAUACCCCAAUAAGCCGCCGUCUGUCGAGGUAGAGCGCAAUCCGACCAUCCCUCUCAAGACACGCGCAGAGCUGCAGAGUGCAUUGGUCGAUGUUGUCGAGGAGAAGAGUGUGAUGCAGGCGUGCUGUAUUGAGGCGUGCCUCGACGCACUGGUCGCGCACGGUGCCGUGCUGCAGAGUACAGGCGUCACGAACGACACUGCUGCAGAAACGAAUGCACAAGACGCGCUGCCAAUGGCGCCACAGAACAACAACCGCUUCCUGCACUCCUACCAGGCGGUGGCAGACGCCGUUGUGCGCCUCACAUUGCGCGCGUCCGACACGUCCAAUGCACAGCUGCUCGAGUCGGAUGUUGUGCAGCUGCUCAGUACCAACGUGCUGAACCGCGCGAUGCGCUCGGCAACGACGGAUCGCUCGCAAGGGCCGCGCGCGCGGCGGAAAAAGUAG